AUGGCUUACGAAUUCGCAAAGUUAUUCUCAAAAGUUGUUACCCAUACAUUUUUUAGAGAUAUCGAAGUGAUUGGAUAAGAAAAUAUUCCAAAAGAUGGUCCAAUCCUACUCUAUGGAAAUCAUAACAAUCAAUUCAUUGAUCCAUUAUUAAUUAUCUCCAACAUGACAAGAAAGAUCAAUUUCAUUGCAGCAGCCAAAAGCAUGAGAAAGCCAAUUAUUGGAGACAUUGGUAAAGCUCUAGGUGGAAUCCCAGUUGAAAGACCAUAAGAUCUGGCCAAAAUAGGAAGUGGAAUUUUAAAGAAGUAUGAUGGAACUUAUUUGUUUGCAGAAAAUUCUCAAUUUACCAAACAAUGCCAAAUACAUGAUUCAAUACUUAUACAAGGAAUUGACACUAUUAUACUUAUUGUUGAAAUUAUUAGCGACACUAAAAUUAAAGUUCAAUGUGAAGAUCCAAGUUAACUUCAUGUCAAAGAUAACAAAUACAAAAUACAACCAAAAGUAGAUUAAUCAAUGAUGUUUGAACAAGUUUGGCUAGCUUUGAAACAAGGAAAAUGCAUAGGAAUAUUCCCAGAAGGAGGAUCACAUGAUAAUACUACCUUAUUACCCUUGAAACCAGGAAUCUGCAUUAUGGCUCUAGGAGCUAGUUAAAAAUAUUAAACCAAAGUUAAAUUAUAACCAGUUGGAUUAAACUAUUUCAAAGGACACAAAUUCAGAUCCAAAGUUAUUGUAGAAUUUGGAGUUCCUUAUGAAAUCAGCUAAUAAUUGAUUGAUACUUAUGCUAUCAAUAAAAGACAAGCAAUAAGUAAAUUAUUACUGGAAAUAGAAUAAUAACUAAAAUCAGUAACCAUACAAGCUCCAAGUUAUUCCCAUUUAUCAGCAGUUAUUAUAGGAAGAUCUCUAUAUUUACCUGAUAGAACAAGACUUUCUCCUCAAGAUCUUCUUUAGCUUACAAAAAGGUUUUUAUAAGCGUUUUACAAGUUAAAAGAACAUCCCGAAGUCAAUUAGGUGUUGACUGAAAUCAAACUUUACAAUUAUAAGCUUAAAGCCUUAGGUGUAAGAGAUUGGGAAGUUAUGAGAAUGCAGAAGAGAAUCUAUUUGGAUCUUUAGAUAAUUGGAUUUAAUAUUUUCAUGACAAUACUCUGUUUGCUCUUUGCAUUUCCUGGAUAUAUCAUGACCAUUCCAAUAACCAUUAUCUUGAAUAUGUAUGCAGAGAAAGAAAGGAAGAGUGCUUUGGCUGGAUCUAAAGUUAAGAUAUCUGGUAAGGAUGUCGUUGCCUCAUUUAAAGUAUUGGCAUCCAUAAUAAUCGUUCCUAUUUCAGUCUUCAUUUACACAGUUCUAUUUUAUUUAUGGCUGACUGUUUAUAAGAUAGUAGAUGAAGAGCUUACUUUUAGAUACACUAUAAUCUUUCUAUUGAUGUGGCCCAUUUACAUCACUGCCAUGAUUCGCUCUAAUGAUGGAUUAAUAAGACAUGCAAGAAAGGUGAAUAGUUAAAUCUUAUUCUAUCUAUAUGAGAAUAAGUAUAGAAAAUUAAAGAUACAAAGAGAGGAAUUGUAAAAUAAGAUUAGAAGAUUGGUUGAUGCUUUUGGAGAAGAAGUCAUUUAGGAUUUCAAUCAAAAUAGAAUUGUUCAAAAGAGCUAAUUAGUAUCACCGAAAUCAGUAGCUGAAUUGGAUAUUUAGAAUGUAUUUGAGUCUCUUUAAGAGUUGGGAAUUUGAUUCAUUUAAUAUUUAUACAUUUAAACAAAUCCAUAAGAGAAUUAGUAUUAUUUUAUUU